AGCUCCAGAGUUUGGAAUUUCUGAAACUCAACACUGAUUGGUUAGGCGAAGUGUGAUGCGGGGCCUCAGCCCAUUCUGUCCUGGCUGAGAGAAGUGUUUGUGACUUUUAUAGUCAUAAGUUCCAUCAAACAUCUGCAUUCACAUCUGGGCUUACACACACUCACAAUACUUCCUCGGUUCUGCUCUUUUGGUGAGCAUGAGUUAUCCACUGGUGAUUCUCUUCUGCGUGGGACUGCUACACCAGACCACGAGGGCUGUCCUCAUGGAUAAACUAGCAGACCAGAAGAUUUGCGGAGAUGCAGAGUGCUCAUACGUUCUGUCCAUGGCCACAGCCUUGGAUGACUUCAUAGCGCCUGACUGCAGAUUCAUCAGCCUCAAGAAGGGUCAGAUGGUUUAUGUGUACUCCAAACUCAUAGCAGCAGAGGGCGCCGGAGUCUUCUGGUCUGGAAGUAUUUACAGUGAGCGGUAUGUGGACCAGAUGGGCAUCAUUGGAUACUUCCCAGCAACCGUCCUGAAGGAGACCCAGAAGUUUACAGAAAACACAGUUAAGAUGCAAACAACUGACAUGGACUUCUACUGCGAUUAAGGGACCGAAACCUCCUCCUUCUUCUCAAGUCUUUCUAUUAGUAACUUCAGCAUUUAUUAAAGACACAAUAUGCAAACAUGUUACUCAGUAAAUCUUUUUUCCCACGAUUUUCAAAUAUUUUGAUUAUAUAAAAAUAAUUCUAAGAAUUAAAGAGUUUUCCAGACUUCUUUGAUUUUUCAUGAUUGGUAAUUGCAAGUUUUAUUGUACAUUCCUUUGUAACACAUCUGUAAACUAAAACUUAGAAGUAGCUGCU